AUGUUCAACAACAUAUUUCGUCCUGAGGGCGAGUCCUCCUCCAAUGCUGACGAGCCCGCAGAUCCUAAAGCCCGUGCUCGCUGUGGACAGUUUGUUUGGCCUUGUCCCCGUCAGUACCUGGCAGAUGCAGCUUCCCGCAAAUCUCGCAAUUGCUUGAUUCCUGCGGAUCUCAGCAACGAGGAAGCUGGUAAGAUGUUCCUUCAGGCCCUUGCAAAAUGCAACCAGCAAUCGAAUAUCAGUCGAUUGCAUGUCUUUGACGAGCCCCACAAGAAGUAUGACAAGGAGACGGGCCAACGAGCCCGACACAAACACUUCAUCUUCAAAUUUGUCAGGCCGUUUGCUCAUGUAAGACUGGGUCAUCUACUUGCGCAGGGUGGUGUGCAUGGCCAUUUCUCUUUCAACUUGGUCGGCUACCAAGCGUACCUCAAGUAUUGUUUGGUGGCCAGUGCUCACAAGCUUGCAGCAGACUUAGACAAAGAUCCAUGGCAUUGGCCUUCUCAUGUGACCACACCACAGCUCAUGCAACUUUGUCAACAGUCUGUACCCCAGAUGGAAGCCCGUAAUGGCCAACCUGGAAAGAAGCGAACCUUGAUGACAUUUUCAGAAAUUACGGAUGCAUUUGUCGAACAUUCUGUGCAAACUUGCAAAGACGCUUGGCAGCUUGCUAAAGCACGAAAGAUUUCAGGAGAUGAGACGCUCUGGAACACACUCGGCGCCCAAGCAAAUGUCGCAGGUUUGGUUCACAAAGUUUUGAGUGCGUGGAAUGCUGAAAACAUGGAUUCUGGAAGCUUCGUGGCCGUUCCAGAUUUUCUGUUGUCCAGCUUUGUUCCUUUGCCGCAGAUCCAUGAGCGCUUGGCUUGGUGGUUGCAAGGUGGUUUCAAAGAGGUCACUUUGAUUUUGGAGGGACGCGGCGGCCUAGGUAAGACGGAAUUCGCCUGCGCAUUGAUGCACGCUUGUGUAGGACAAGCCGGAUUUCAUUUCAUCAAUCGUCUGGACCGCCUACGCGACAUCAGCUUCGGCCCCAAACAAGGCUUGGUGUUCGAUGAAGCCUGCAUGGUAGAACGCUCGAUUGACGACGUCAAGGGUCUUGUCGACUUGUCAAAGACCCGUGACAUUGUGGCCAGAAAUGCUGAUGGAACCAUUCCCAAGCAAACCCCGCGCAUUUUCUCCACCAAUUGGACUUGGGAUCGCUUUUGGCCGAAAGAAGUCGGCACGGUGGAACACAAUACGGCCAUCAGUCGACGAGUUCUGUGGGUGCGUGUAAACGAGGACAUCCGUUUGCUCGCGAAUUCCCAUGGACCUCUGCGCCAGGAGGACGAGGACGAGGACGAGGAGGAUGUGUCACCUGAAUAUGGUCCUGCGUUGCUGAAGGCUGGAGCCAUGUUGCAGUCCGAAAGUCAGUUUGGCGAGUGCUCUUUGCCAGGGGCCGUUUUGAAAGUGGGUCACCUGAACAUGGUCCUGGCAUUGCUGAAGGUGGGCCGCUUGAAAGUGGCCGAGAUGCUGGCGAAGGCGGCUCGUAGCGGCACAAACGUGCGUGCGCUGCAGAAGAAGGUGCGCUCGACUUCGCGACUCUGUCGGUCAGAGAAGCAAUGCUGGGCAAAUGCUGGUUUAAACCCGCGCCAAUGCAUUGUUUUGUUGGCAGUGUAUGUCUUGAGCGGUUUCAACGUUCUACUGGCCGUCGAGUUCUUGAAAUCAAAAUCGAAGCGCCAAGACAUGGAACAGCCUGAGCAAGAAUGCUUCAUAGAAGAGCUGUAUCUGCGUACCGAGUUGGAAGUUCUGCUAAAGGUCGAGGACCCUGUCACAGCAAAAGAUGUAGGUGUUCGGCGUGAGGCGGUGCGGUUCAUUGCGAACUACAAGGCAAAUGGCUUUGUACAGGAAAUGAACUGCGUGCAUGGGGUGGCACCCACGUCUUUGCGCACUGCACGUGAAUAUCUGGACCACUGUGAGAAGCUGGGUGCGCCUCUGCUGAACAGAAGGUUGCGUGACCAUGUGGUAGAUGCGAAUGGACCGGAGGCAACAUCCAGCACCCGACGCAAUCUGCGCAAGUGGUCGCGGAGAUUUCGAAAGCGCUGGUGUUUGAGGUAUGGUGCAUUGCGGCCGCUGGACGAUUUGCCGGCGGAUGAAAUACAAGCCAAGGCGCAAUGGCAUAUGUUGGACGGGGCUCUCGUGAUUUCCUUCUUGCUUCAGAUUUUUCUCUGUCACCACAGCAGUGUGGUCGUUUGGACGCAGCUAAAGGCUAAAGUUUGCUUAUCUGACAUCAGUUUGUCCACAAGCUUCGAGCCCGGUUUCGGACUCUUUGGGGUGUCCCAGAUUUGGGGGUCAGCCCAGGCUGCUUGCUUUCUGAAUGAUUUAAAGCUGCGUUUCGGGCCCCGCUUCGGGGCUCCGAAAUCGGGUCCCAAAACUGGGGCCCGCCAACCGGACAGUUUGCACACCUCUGAGGUGGGCCUCUUCUGGCGACAUGCAGAUUGGCUUCAAGGCAAAGUGCCAGAGAGCCAAGUGCCUGUUUUCAUCAACUUGGAUGAAACAGCGAUUCAGUAUUCUUACUACAGUGCAAGCGGCUUGGUGUCUUUGACGCUGUCGGAAAAGCCAAAGGUGAUGGUACCCAAGGGUGAUCGACGCGGCGGCAUAACGCAUGUUGCCUUGCUAUCCCCCGUGUUGCGAGUUCAACAGCAUUUGCCACAAGUGCUGAUCUGCAACACGCGGAAGCUUACAAAGACCUUACUCCGUCAGCUUAAUGUGAACAAACCCGACAAUGUCUGGCUUCUUCGCCGAAGGAGCGCCUGGAACAGCACCGACAUCAUGGUGUGGCUCAUCCAACUGAUAGGAUACGUGUUUCGCACGAAGUUUUCGGGAAUGGGCUUUCAGCCAAUCUUGUUAAUGGACGCAGCUAGUGUGCAUUGGGCGCAACCUGUUGUCAGAGUGGCUCGUCUGCAGAGCAUCUUUUUGCUACCAGUGCCCCCCGCUUGCACGCCGUUGGUGCAGCCUUUGGACGUAUACGCCUUCUCACGCUACAAGCAGAAAUUGGAGUGUUUGUUCCGUGAUUAUCGAAUGGCACAACAAGGUUUCUGUCUCAGUGAGGUCUUCCCGCUUGUCCUCGUUUUUGCAAAGCAGGCAGCGAAGCGUUUGUCGGAGGAAGAUUUGCUGAGCCUUGUUGUAGAGAAGCGCAAUGCAGCUUCCCGCAAAUCUCGCAAUUGCUUGAUUCCUGCGGAUCUCAGCAACGAGGAAGCUGGUAAGAUGUUCCUUCAGGCCCUUGCAAAAUGCAACCAGCAAUCGAAUAUCAGUCGAUUGCAUGUCUUUGACGAGCCCCACAAGAAGUAUGACAAGGAGACGGGCCAACGAGCCCGACACAAACACUUCAUCUUCAAAUUUGUCAGGCCGUUUGCUCAUGUAAGACUGGGUCAUCUACUUGCGCAGGGUGGUGUGCAUGGCCAUUUCUCUUUCAACUUGGUCGGCUACCAAGCGUACCUCAAGUAUUGUUUGGUGGCCAGUGCUCACAAGCUUGCAGCAGACUUAGACAAAGAUCCAUGGCAUUGGCCUUCUCAUGUGACCACACCACAGCUCAUGCAACUUUGUCAACAGUCUGUACCCCAGAUGGAAGCCCGUAAUGGCCAACCUGGAAAGAAGCGAACCUUGAUGACAUUUUCAGAAAUUACGGAUGCAUUUGUCGAACAUUCUGUGCAAACUUGCAAAGACGCUUGGCAGCUUGCUAAAGCACGAAAGAUUUCAGGAGAUGAGACGCUCUGGAACACACUCGGCGCCCAAGCAAAUGUCGCAGGUUUGGUUCACAAAGUUUUGAGUGCGUGGAAUGCUGAAAACAUGGAUUCUGGAAGCUUCGUGGCCGUUCCAGAUUUUCUGUUGUCCAGCUUUGUUCCUUUGCCGCAGAUCCAUGAGCGCUUGGCUUGGUGGUUGCAAGGUGGUUUCAAAGAGGUCACUUUGAUUUUGGAGGGACAAGCCGGAUUUCAUUUCAUCAAUCGUCUGGACCGCCUACGCGACAUCAGCUUCGGCCCCAAACAAGGCUUGGUGUUCGAUGAAGCCUGCAUGGUAGAACGCUCGAUUGACGACGUCAAGGGUCUUGUCGACUUGUCAAAGACCCGUGACAUUGUGGCCAGAAAUGCUGAUGGAACCAUUCCCAAGCAAACCCCGCGCAUUUUCUCCACCAAUUGGACUUGGGAUCGCUUUUGGCCGAAAGAAGUCGGCACGGUGGAACACAAUACGGCCAUCAGUCGACGAGUUCUGUGGGUGCGUGUAAACGAGGACAUCCGUUUGCUCGCGAAUUCCCAUGGACCUCUGCGCCAGGAGGACGAGGACGAGGACGAGGAGGAUGUGUCACCUGAAUAUGGUCCUGCGUUGCUGAAGGCUGGAGCCAUGUUGCAGUCCGAAAGUCAGUUUGGCGAGUGCUCUUUGCCAGGGGCCGUUUUGAAAGUGGGUCACCUGAACAUGGUCCUGGCAUUGCUGAAGGUGGGCCGCUUGAAAGUGGCCGAGAUGCUGGCGAAGGCGGCUCGUAGCGGCACAAACGUGCGUGCGCUGCAGAAGAAGGUGCGCUCGACUUCGCGACUCUGUCGGUCAGAGAAGCAAUGCUGGGCAAAUGCUGGUUUAAACCCGCGCCAAUGCAUUGUUUUGUUGGCAGUGUAUGUCUUGAGCGGUUUCAACGUUCUACUGGCCGUCGAGUUCUUGAAAUCAAAAUCGAAGCGCCAAGACAUGGAACAGCCUGAGCAAGAAUGCUUCAUAGAAGAGCUGUAUCUGCGUACCGAGUUGGAAGUUCUGCUAAAGGUCGAGGACCCUGUCACAGCAAAAGAUGUAGGUGUUCGGCGUGAGGCGGUGCGGUUCAUUGCGAACUACAAGGCAAAUGGCUUUGUACAGGAAAUGAACUGCGUGCAUGGGGUGGCACCCACGUCUUUGCGCACUGCACGUGAAUAUCUGGACCACUGUGAGAAGCUGGGUGCGCCUCUGCUGAACAGAAGGUUGCGUGACCAUGUGGUAGAUGCGAAUGGACCGGAGGCAACAUCCAGCACCCGACGCAAUCUGCGCAAGUGGUCGCGGAGAUUUCGAAAGCGCUGGUGUUUGAGGUAUGGUGCAUUGCGGCCGCUGGACGAUUUGCCGGCGGAUGAAAUACAAGCCAAGGCGCAAUGGCAUAUGUUGGACGGGGCUCUCGUGAUUUCCUUCUUGCUUCAGAUUUUUCUCUGUCACCACAGCAGUGUGGUCGUUUGGACGCAGCUAAAGGCUAAAGUUUGCUUAUCUGACAUCAGUUUGUCCACAAGCUUCGAGCCCGGUUUCGGACUCUUUGGGGUGUCCCAGAUUUGGGGGUCAGCCCAGGCUGCUUGCUUUCUGAAUGAUUUAAAGCUGCGUUUCGGGCCCCGCUUCGGGGCUCCGAAAUCGGGUCCCAAAACUGGGGCCCGCCAACCGGACAGUUUGCACACCUCUGAGGUGGGCCUCUUCUGGCGACAUGCAGAUUGGCUUCAAGGCAAAGUGCCAGAGAGCCAAGUGCCUGUUUUCAUCAACUUGGAUGAAACAGCGAUUCAGUAUUCUUACUACAGUGCAAGCGGCUUGGUGUCUUUGACGCUGUCGGAAAAGCCAAAGGUGAUGGUACCCAAGGGUGAUCGACGCGGCGGCAUAACGCAUGUUGCCUUGCUAUCCCCCGUGUUGCGAGUUCAACAGCAUUUGCCACAAGUGCUGAUCUGCAACACGCGGAAGCUUACAAAGACCUUACUCCGUCAGCUUAAUGUGAACAAACCCGACAAUGUCUGGCUUCUUCGCCGAAGGAGCGCCUGGAACAGCACCGACAUCAUGGUGUGGCUCAUCCAACUGAUAGGAUACGUGUUUCGCACGAAGUUUUCGGGAAUGGGCUUUCAGCCAAUCUUGUUAAUGGACGCAGCUAGUGUGCAUUGGGCGCAACCUGUUGUCAGAGUGGCUCGUCUGCAGAGCAUCUUUUUGCUACCAGUGCCCCCCGCUUGCACGCCGUUGGUGCAGCCUUUGGACGUAUACGCCUUCUCACGCUACAAGCAGAAAUUGGAGUGUUUGUUCCGUGAUUAUCGAAUGGCACAACAAGGUUUCUGUCUCAGUGAGGUCUUCCCGCUUGUCCUCGUUUUUGCAAAGCAGGCAGCGAAGCGUUUGUCGGAGGAAGAUUUGCUGUUGUGGGCUCGCGUUGAGAAGGGGCAACAAGUACCAGCUGCCAACGGCGAGUCCUCCUCCAAUGCUGACGAGCCCGCAGAUCCUAAAGCCCGUGCUCGCUGUGGACAGUUUGUUUGGCCUUGUCCCCGUCAGUACCUGGCAGAUGCAGCUUCCCGCAAAUCUCGCAAUUGCUUGAUUCCUGCGGAUCUCAGCAACGAGGAAGCUGGUAAGAUGUUCCUUCAGGCCCUUGCAAAAUGCAACCAGCAAUCGAAUAUCAGUCGAUUGCAUGUCUUUGACGAGCCCCACAAGAAGUAUGACAAGGAGACGGGCCAACGAGCCCGACACAAACAAUUCAUCUUCAAAUUUGUCAGGCCGUUUGCUCAUGUAAGACUGGGUCAUCUACUUGCGCAGGGUGGUGUGCAUGGCCAUUUCUCUUUCAACUUGGUCGGCUACCAAGCGUACCUCAAGUAUUGUUUGGUGGCCAGUGCUCACAAGCUUGCAGCAGACUUAGACAAAGAUCCAUGGCAUUGGCCUUCUCAUGUGACCACACCACAGCUCAUGCAACUUUGUCAACAGUCUGUACCCCAGAUGGAAGCCCGUAAUGGCCAACCUGGAAAGAAGCGAACCUUGAUGACAUUUUCAGAAAUUACGGAUGCAUUUGUCGAACAUUCUGUGCAAACUUGCAAAGACGCUUGGCAGCUUGCUAAAGCACGAAAGAGUUCAGGAGAUGAGACGCUCUGGAACACACUCGGCGCCCAAGCAAAUGUCGCAGGUUUGGUUCACAAAGUUUUGAGUGCGUGGAAUGCUGAAAACAUGGAUUCUGGAAGCUUCGUGGCCGUUCCAGAUUUUCUGUUGUCCAGCUUUGUUCCUUUGCAGCAGAUCCAUGAGCGCUUGGCUUGGUGGUUGCAAGGUGGUUUCAAAGAGGUCACUUUGAUUUUGGAGGGACGCGGCGGCCUAGGUAAGACGGAAUUCGCCUGCGCAUUGAUGCACGCUUGUGUAGGACAAGCCGGAUUUCAUUUCAUCAAUCGUCUGGACCGCCUACGCGACAUCAGCUUCGGCCCCAAACAAGGCUUGGUGUUCGAUGAAGCCUGCAUGGUAGAACGCUCGAUUGACGACGUCAAGGGUCUUGUCGACUUGUCAAAGACCCGUGACAUUGUGGCCAGAAAUGCUGAUGGAACCAUUCCCAAGCAAACCCCGCGCAUUUUCUCCACCAAUUGGACUUGGGAUCGCUUUUGGCCGAAAGAAGUCGGCACGGUGGAACACAAUACGGCCAUCAGUCGACGAGUUCUGUGGGUGCGUGUAAACGAGGACAUCCGUUUGCUCGCGAAUUCCCAUGGACCUCGGCGCCAGGAGGACGAGGACGAGGCAAAGCAGGCAGCGAAGCGUUUGUCGGAGGAAGAUUUGCUGAGCCGUGUUGUAGAGAAGCGCAAUGCAGCUUCCCGCAAAUCUCGCAAUUGCUUGAUUCCUGCGGAUCUCAGCAACGAGGAAGCUGGUAAGAUGUUCCUUCAGGCCCUUGCAAAAUGCAACCAGCAAUCGAAUAUCAGUCGAUUGCAUGUCUUUGACGAGCCCCACAAGAAGUAUGACAAGGAGACGGGCCAACGAGCCCGACACAAACACUUCAUCUUCAAAUUUGUCAGGCCGUUUGCUCAUGUAAGACUGGGUCAUCUACUUGCGCAGGGUGGUGUGCAUGGCCAUUUCUCUUUCAACUUGGUCGGCUACCAAGCGUACCUCAAGUAUUGUUUGGUGGCCAGUGCUCACAAGCUUGCAGCAGACUUAGACAAAGAUCCAUGGCAUUGGCCUUCUCAUGUGACCACACCACAGCUCAUGCAACUUUGUCAACAGUCUGUACCCCAGAUGGAAGCCCGUAAUGGCCAACCUGGAAAGAAGCGAACCUUGAUGACAUUUUCAGAAAUUACGGAUGCAUUUGUCGAACAUUCUGUGCAAACUUGCAAAGACGCUUGGCAGCUUGCUAAAGCACGAAAGAUUUCAGGAGAUGAGACGCUCUGGAACACACUCGGCGCCCAAGCAAAUGUCGCAGGUUUGGUUCACAAAGUUUUGAGUGCGUGGAAUGCUGAAAACAUGGAUUCUGGAAGCUUCGUGGCCGUUCCAGAUUUUCUGUUGUCCAGCUUUGUUCCUUUGCCGCAGAUCCAUGAGCGCUUGGCUUGGUGGUUGCAAGGUGGUUUCAAAGAGGUCACUUUGAUUUUGGAGGGACAAGCCGGAUUUCAUUUCAUCAAUCGUCUGGACCGCCUACGCGACAUCAGCUUCGGCCCCAAACAAGGCUUGGUGUUCGAUGAAGCCUGCAUGGUAGAACGCUCGAUUGACGACGUCAAGGGUCUUGUCGACUUGUCAAAGACCCGUGACAUUGUGGCCAGAAAUGCUGAUGGAACCAUUCCCAAGCAAACCCCGCGCAUUUUCUCCACCAAUUGGACUUGGGAUCGCUUUUGGCCGAAAGAAGUCGGCACGGUGGAACACAAUACGGCCAUCAGUCGACGAGUUCUGUGGGUGCGUGUAAACGAGGACAUCCGUUUGCUCGCGAAUUCCCAUGGACCUCUGCGCCAGGAGGACGAGGACGAGGACGAGGAGGAUGUGUUUGGACACAACCGCGAGCCAAUGUGA